AUGAAGCCGCCCCUGCUCCCGUCUGUGGUGUUUCUUUGCAUGCUGCUGCUGCUGACCGCACUAGGAGGGAGAAAGAAGCCGUACUCUCAGAAAGAGCUGCUACUCGAGGAAUGCUGGGGACAGCCAAAAGCUAACAACUGUGCCAAGAAGUGUUCUAGAACUUUCAAGUGUAUAUACAGAAAUCACACAUGCUGCUGGACCUACUGCGGCAACAUCUGUGUAGAAAAUGGGACUGUUACUCCUCAACAGAAGACCAAAGUUGUCCAAAUCUGA